CCGUGUUUGCCAGCUAUAGCCUAUAGCCCUUAUACAGUUGAGACGCUUUCUUCAAGCGAACAGUGGUGACCAUAUAUUUUUGUAUAGAGCGGACAACAAAACAAAGCAGUUAAUGCAUUUAAAGCAAAAACCGACACAUUCAAGUCUAAUGUUUGGACUCGUAGCCCAGCUCAAAGUCAAACACUGUCCAAAUUGCUACAGUAAACGCGCAUAACUUGGAAAAAAAAGAAGAGCGCCCCCGAAUCUCUGCAGGAAAUGUUCUUUCUAUUAUACAUACAGUCGUCCUCGACACAGGUCCUGUACGCUGUAUAUUUUGUUAAUCACGUCGCCUAAAAUAACAAAGUAACAAUUUUGCUAUUUUAUGUAUUGCGUAAACGUAGUAAACAUUUAAACACGUGUAUCUUUUUAUUGGAAGAACAAUAUCAGCACGCAGAGAGCUACUUGCAUUUUAAGACUGAAUCGAUACAAAUAAACGUGUCCAGAAACGUAUGUUCCGUCGUAAUUUCGAAUUUAAUGCGAAAGUUAUGCGAAUGAGCCGAAUAACAGUCACGGAUUUUGAAACAGUAGACUCAUGCAAAAAAAUUGGACAACAUAGUUUGCAUUCGUGUGUUAUUGCAUUGGUGCCGUCUUGAUUUCAUAUUGAGGGUGUAACAGCUGUAGCGGAGGAAAGAUUGUAUCCUUCCAGGACCGUUAGCAAUCCAUUCAAGCCAACAAGUUUGGAGAGAAUGUUGUGUUUAAUCAAUUCAGAACGUCGAGAUGGAGCCCAACUCACUUAAGUGGGUCGGCUCACCUUGUGGUUUGCACGGACCUUACGUUUUCUACAAGGCAUUUAAAUUUCACCUUGAAGGCAAACCAAGAAUUCUGUCUCUGGGCGACUUUUUCUUUGUGAGAUGUAAACCGGGAGAUCCAAUCUGCAUAGCGGAGCUCCAGCUGUUGUGGGAAGAAAGGACAACCAAGCAACUCUUAUCUAGCUCCAAACUUUAUUUUCUACCAGAAGACACUCCCCAGGGAAGAACUGUCAAUCACGGCGAGGACGAGCUCGUGGCCGUCUCGGAGAAGGUCAUCGUGAAGUUGGACAACCUGGUGAAAUGGACGGUGCGAGACGCGUCGCAGUGGAGGCGGGGCCUCAGGGCGGAGCCCCUGAAGCCGUCCGUCCUGAAGGAGCUGGGGAACAACGGCCGCCGGGAGGCCCUGCACAAGUACCGGGAGUCCACCCUCAACAGCGGCCUCAACUUCAAGGACGUCCUGCGGGAAAAGGCCGAGCUGGGGGACGAUGAGGAGGGGAAGCGGGCGCUGGUUCUGAGCUACCCGCAGUACUGCCGGUACCGGUCCGUCGUCGCCCGGCUGCGGGAGAGACCGUCCUCCCUGCUGAUGGACCAGGUGGUCCUGGCGCUGGGCGGGAUCGCCUCCCUCAGCGGCCGCACGCGGAUCCUGUACUGCCGGGACACCUUCGAGCACCCCACGCUCAUCCAGAACGAGAGCAUCAGCGAAGAAUUCGCCCCCAAUCUGAAAGGCCGGCCCCGCAAGAAGAAACCGUCGAUAUCCCAGCGCAGAGACUCCCAGGGCCCCACCAAGGAUGCCGCCGGCACGGAGACCGCUGCACCUGCCAAGGUGAAGUCGGAGCCGAGGGCGGCUGUGCCCAAACCCAAGAGCGGCGGCUGCAAGAAGGCGCCAGCAGGGGGCGAGGGAGAGGAGCAGGCCUUCCUCGUGUCCCUGUACAAGUACAUGAAGGAGAGGGGGACCCCAAUCGAGAGGAUACCGUACCUCGGGUUCAAACAGAUAAACCUUUGGACUAUGUUUCAAGCUGCACAGAAGCUGGGAGGCUACGAGUCGAUCACCGCCCGCCGGCAGUGGAAGCACGUGUACGACGAACUCGGCGGCAAUCCCGGGAGCACCAGCGCUGCCACCUGCACGCGCAGGCACUAUGAGCGGCUCCUCCUCCCCUACGAGAGGCACAUUAAAGGAGAGGAAGACAGGCCCCUCCCCCUGGUCAAACCCAAACGGCCGGACCCCGGGGUUCAGGAGGGCACGGGGGGGAGGCGCCCCAAAGCUGCGCCGGGCCACAAGGCCCCGGGGGAGACGGAGAGCCCCCCGAAAAGCCCUCCGCCCUCGCCGGAUCCUGGCGGUGAGGAAGAGAGCGCUGAACCUGCACACCCAGCCAAGCGGGAGAGGAAGAGUGAGGACGAGGAGGAAGAGGAGCUGCAGCUCACCGUGAAGAAAGAGACUCCGUGCGGCGGCGCGGCGGAGGAGAAAACGCCGCCUGGCGAGGCGACCGCGAGGCUCUCCGGGGACGAGGUUUCCCCUCAGGGGUACCCCGAAACGCAGGCCCGCGCGCCCCCGGACCAAGUCCUGGAAAAGUCCCCGUUCUGCCAGUCCCGCGCUGGAGACCGGCCGCCGGCCCCGUCCACCGCCAGAGAGGCCGCCGCCCACGUGGGCCGCGUGCUGCCCACCCCCCAGCAGAACCCGCCGCAGGCCGGCGCGGGCUCGGAGGCCCCCGCGGACCAGGAGGAGGAGGAGGCGGAGGAGGAGGAGGACUGCCGUUUCGGCUGCAGAGCGGGGGCGCCCCCUGGGGGUAACGGUGGCAUCAUGUCGCCCCUGGCCAAGAAGAAGUUGCUGUCGCAGGUUAGCGGCUGCGCUACAGCCGGCGGGUACCCGUUCGCCCCGCCCCCUGCCGUCGCCCACGGCGACCACCGCGCGCACGGGCCGGGAGCCGCGGUCAGCAGGCCCUCCGUCAUCCGCCACGCUCAGAGCCUCAAGGCCCUGGGCAACAGGAAACAGGAAGUGACCUCAGAACUUUUCCAGUGGGACCCGGCGCAGCCCCGCCCCACUGCGGGUCCGUACCCGGCGGAGAGGCGAAUGGGACACCCCUCCCACGGGCACGGCUUCCCAAACUUCUACGCGCCGCACCCCCUGCUCAGUCUGUACCGGCACGGGGAACACGUCCUGAGCGGGGGGGCCUCGUUCACCUGCAACGGCGGGACGGGGCCCCGCUUCGCCCCGAACGCACAUCCCGACUGCCCCGGGUCAGGCUACUGCCCCCCUCUGAUGGACGAAGACCCGCCCUGUGGGGAGGAGCCGUCCGACGACCAGCCCACGGACCUGAGCCUCCCCAAACCCUUCCCCCACAAACCGUCCCCCUCCCGGGGCGGAAAGUACGCCCACCCCCACCCCCACCCCCACCCCGCACUCCAUCGGGACUCCCCGCACUCCGGUCUGGACUAUCACCCCAAAGCCUGCCGCGUGCCCCCCAUGGCCGUCUCCGCCCCCCGCAAGCCCCUGGACCCGCCCCCUCCCCCGCGGGCGCUGGGGAAAGACUCCGUCCCCGGACGCCGUUCGUUGGGUCCCGCCGGGUGGGGCCCCCAGAGCGUGGGGACGGCCCGGCCCCUGCGCCGGACCCUGGAGGAGCUGGAGAAGGGGCCCCCGGAGAAGAAGAUUCGGGCGGUCUCGCCCAUGCACCCCGCCAGGGCCCGCUCGCCCGACCCGGAGGCCAAGGACCAGCCGGGGGACGGGUUCGCGAGGGGCCUCAAGUUCCCGGUGGGCGGCCCGCUGUACCGGCCGCUGUAUGCGGGGGCUGAGGAGACGUGUGACAGGCUGGCGUACCCCCACCCCCUGCAGCGCUUGAAGAGCCAGCCCCCGCUCCUGCCCCCCCUGGCGCUCCACUCCCUCAUGGUGCAGAGGCACCUUCUGGCCUCUGCCGCCGCCCCCCACCUGUACCGCCAUCCGGGGGGAGCCACGUACGGAGACCUCCUGCACCACGGCCUGUUCCCCAUGUCCGCCCUCCACCCCCCGCCCGGCUUCAGCAGCCCCCAGCUCCCCUCUCUGCACCCCAGUACCAAACUUUAACACCACCCCCCCCCAUACCAAACUGUUACAGCCCCCCAAUUCUGACCUCCCAUUGCUGGGGAACUCCAGCAGAAAAGAAGCCUAACUAAAAGCGUUGCCCCCCCCCCUUAAGGAUAACUUAUCUCUUCAUUUCUCACGUCACACAUGGUGCUUCACCUCUCAACAAAUUUAGAGAAAGGAUUCAGGACCUUUUAAUGGAGUUCAGAUAUAACCGAACCAAGAGUCCAGUACUUAUGUCUUAAAUUUGGUGAUCGUGACUUUGGAAAUAUAGAGAGAACAGGAGAUCACCACAGUACUCUCCGUGAACGGAAAUAAAAGAUGCAUUAUAUCACUUCAAAAUGGUCUUUAAGUGGAUACAGAUUGAAGAUUUCAUUUUGACAAAUGCUUAGUGCAGGCCAAAACAGUUGUUCUUAGGGUAAGACAAGUACCAAAUGAUGAUUUUUUGGGGAGUUCUUUUAAAUUUUAACAGGCCAGCAAGCAUGACCUGUCAUUCUUUUCUGCUGAGAAGCGCUCAGGCAGAGAUUGCGGAAGUGACAUCGAACCCAGUAAACCCGGCGCUGUGCGGAAGACGCCGGAAUCCAGGAUGAAACCUCUUUCACAGAAGAUUUUUAGAUUUUUCUUUCUCCCUGCUCACAUGGAUGAUUUGCACAUUUGUUCCAAAAACGCACCAGUAAGCUUGCUUCAGACCUGUAAAGCAGUUGUCGAUCUCUGAUUCUGACUCUGAUUGAGGAAUGGCGAGAUCGCAACACUAAUGGUGGGGGGGGUGGGGGGGGUGGGGUGGGGGGAGUCGAAAGGACAAAAAAAAAAAAAAAAAACCCUGCGUGACAAAUCAAUGCAAUGUACAGUGCAAUUUCUCAUUUACAAACCUUUACAUUACAGCUACACUGUUUAAGCACUGUAUUCAUGACAUAUGGUCAGGAAAGAUCAAUCUGCAUUUCAAUAUGGCUCCGGUCUGUUCGUUGUGGAUUUAGGUGCGCAGUUAGAAUGAUCCACAGCGUAGUACUUCUGCGUUCAUUCAGCACAGCAGCUAUCUGAAUGCAGCUGAAUGCACCCACAGCAAUGCAAGAAGCGGCAUAUUUUCAUGGCUACAGUCACGUCUGGCUGAGCAGAACUGAGCAGAUUAAUGUCCAGCACUCCUUCGCAGAGUAAUUUGAAUCGCGUUUUCCACAUGGAAAGCGUGGACCGAUUUCAGCCGUUUGAUUGGUGCAGUGUUCCUCAGCUGAUGAUGUCAUUGUGAAAUUGUGUUCCAGAGCUGACCGUGUUCUCUCUCAUGUACACUUUCAGCAUGAUAACUUCGUAAAGGAAUUUCAAGGAAAAGGGGUUGGGGGGGGGGGUUGUUAAAGCAGUUUAGGAUGACAAAAGAUGGCAACUGCCACAGUGAAGGAAAAGGGUUCUCACUGCUAAUGAUGCAAUAUGUUGUAUGAGAAAUUUCUGUAAGCUCUGAAAAAUUUAGAGGCUUAUGUCAUUUUUUGCACAAAGCAAUUGGGAAAAGAAAAGAGUGAGAGAGAUUACUCUGGUUGGGGGAAAAAAAAUGUUAAAAUGCAACAGCGCCUAUUAGAACUCAAAUUAGUUGGAAUGCGUUUUCUCCAAAUAGGUCUGGAGAAGCACUCAUGGUUGCUAAGUAACAUUAUUUGGGUAAUAAAAAUCUUGUGUAAGUGCUGAACAGCUUUGAUUUUUGGUGCAGGAGUCGAAUGCUCUUUUGUCAUUCUGGGAGUUCGGAAGAUUUUUCUUGUUGUAUGUAACCACGUCGUUUUGUACACGAAGAGAACAGUGUUAAAGAACAUUUCUGCUUUGCAAGUUCUUGUGCCUUUUAUGAGCAGCUGCAGUGUAUUCGAUGAUAAUCGAGAGGAGGUGUAAGGAUGUGUUCGAGCGAAAAACACAUAAUAGAUUAAGGUUUCUUUCUCGCCAGGCAUUGGCCUGUAUUCUAUCAAACGUCGGUCCUGAUUUUUCAGCAAACGCGUUAUGUAACGGGACUAUUUUUCUUCACAAACUCAGUUCAGAGAGUUAAGUCUUGACGACCGGUGAACUUGACAAACUGUGUUUGUAGCUGGAGGAAAAAACAAGAGAGCAAAGAUGAUAGAUUGAAUCCCAGCCACAACGAUUGGCAUGUGCAGGGUAUGAUUUUACCUAAUCAUCUCCUGAUUUAAUUGGCUAAAAAAAAUGUUCUCUCCCUCCAGUGGAGCUGCUCAGUGACCAACAACAGAGGAUUGUGGUUGUUCUGGGCAGCUCCCAGGUGUGAAUGUGUAUGAGUGUGAAGCAGGGCGUUGCUGCACAAGAGCAUCCGUGCUCAGCGAACCUACCCUGGGUAAAUAAAGGUUAAAUAAAUUUUAAAAGUACUUUAUGUGUUCAGUGUAAUGGUGAGCGCCAGUCUCACCUUCAGUUACAGAAAGAGCUGUCGGCCAGAUGAUCAUCACAGCCAUAAGAAGCACUGGGAAUCUAAAAAAAAACUAGAAUGUUUGUUCAUAGCAGAUGAUGAUUUACUUCAUUGUAUUUUUGUCGCAUUAAGCAGUGUGUGAACUUCAGUCUGUCUGAUUGCUUGGGAUGACUGAACACAAACCAGUUUAUAUGGGGUUUCUUUGCUGUAAAUAAUGUACAUUUGAACCUUUAGUACUGUGUUUGUGGCUGAUGUACAGUAUAUCGUAAAGCUAUGGUAAAGGUGUAGUUUUAUUGUUUUGAAGGUUGAAUGACCACAUAAGUUUAAACACUACAGGCAGAAAGGUAGUAUUGAUUUUCACCCUUGGUAUGUCUUGUAUUUUUAGUUUAUUUUAUUAUUUUUAUUAUUUGUUUCUGAACUUCUGGAAAUGCUUUUGAUACUAUGUGCUGUCAGUUUCCCAAUCACAUCACUGGCAAACAAAAAACUUUGUAUUUUAUGAUCCACUGUAUAAUUAAAAUAUUUUGCUACCAA